AGAGAGAGAGAGAGAGAGAGAGAGAGAGAGAGAGAGAGAUUUUUAUUCUGCUGUUUUUUUAUGUCAUUUAAAGGAGUUCAUCAUUAAACAGCUGAACAACCCUGAGACUUGAGUCUGAGUAACACAGUAAAAGAGGGAGAGUUGAAAUGGGUGGACACUGGUGAACAGAGGCUGAGAGGAUUCAGUUAAAUUUGUGAACUGAAGGAGAUUGAAUCAGAUCUGAUUCUCUAGAAACAUGGGGAACUGAAUACUGGGCUAAAGGGGAACCGAAUAAUUCGAGGGAGCGGUGGAGGAGAGCGUGUUCAGACUGUGGCGGAAAGCGUGGGAGUUUUUCGAGUCGGAAACACACAGAGGAUGCGACAAACUUCAAGCAGAGGAUUCAACACUGUACGGAGCACAAUUCAAAGCCUGGCUAUUCUGUUUGCGCUGCUGAUUGCGGUCAUAGUGCUGGGUGUCAAAUUCAAGAACCUGACAUCAGAAAACAAUCAGUUACAAACCAGCCUCAAGUAUCGGACAAGCGAGAGAGACCAGUUACAGACCAGCCUCAAGAAUCGGACAAGUGAGAGAGACCAGUUACAGACCGGUUACAUCAAUCUGACUAGAGAAAUGGACAAAUUACAGAUGACCUACAACAACCUGAUAAACCAAAGUGACCAAUUACAGAAGAAGUUGGAAGUAAUUGAUACGUAUAUCAAACUCGGAUGGAUUUACUUCAAGUCUAGUAUUUACUACUUCCCUACUGGGAUGGAGAACUGGGCCGAUAGCAGACAGGAUUGUAAAAACAGAGGGGCAGACCUGGUGAUCAUAAACAGCACAGAGGAAGAGGAGUUCAUCUCUUUACACCUGGACAUUAGACAUGCUUGGAUUGGUCUGAGUGACAGAGAGAUGGAGGGGGUGUGGAAAUGGGUUGACGGUACAAAUCUGACAACUGGGUUCUGGAUGGCAGGAGAGCCGAAUAACUCAAAUGGGGAUGAGGACUGUGUCGAGAUAUUGGGUGCUUUGAAAAUAAAAAUUUGGAACGAUGUGCAAUGUUCUACUAAGUUAUAUUGGACCUGUGAGAAAAAUGAGUUUUAGUGGUAAGGUUUGUUGAGACUAUUUAAAAGGUGCUCACAAACUAAAGGUGCUGAAAGUAUUUAGCAGUUAAAGCCUCCUGUAGCUCUCUUUACAUACAACUCGUAGCUGUUUCCUAUCUGCUUGUCUAAAAUGCUGACCAACUACUUAGUAUGGUACUGUUUUUCUCAUCAUAAUCAGAUAGACAGAUAAAUAAAUAAAUAAAUA